AUGCUUGAAGAUGAAAAGGCCCUUUUUAGAGCCGCAAGGCACAAGGCUCCCACUAGGGAAUCCGAAGCACGAUUUGAUUUACCACGCGUCUCUGGUGCACAAAGCACAAGGGACAACACUUUCGGACAGCAAAACCGUCCAAGGUUUGAAGCACUGUUGCAAGAUUUUACGAAUAACCUGAUGUAG